AGUUCAAUGGGUCCUAAACAAUGUCAAAUCUGCCACAAAGCUCAGUCCAAGUACAAAUGCCCUAAAUGCUAUUUACCUUAUUGCUCACUGGCCUGUUUCAAAAACCACAAAGAACUUCCAUGUGUCAAUCCAACAACUUCAACACCGAAAACAACUGCUUUGGAAUCACACGUAGAAAAGCCAUCAGUUGUGGAAAAUACUGUUUUGGAAGCAGUUGUGGAAAAUACUGUUUUGGAGGCAGUUGUAGAAAAACCAUUACUUGUUGAUAAAAGAGGCCAGGUGUUGGACCAAUUCCAAUUGGAGGCUAUAGCUUCUUCUAGUGAGAUUCGUGAUGCUUUGAAUAAUAAAUCCCUUCAAGAACUAGUUCGCCGUAUUGAUUGUUCCCCAAAUGCUGAGAAUGAACUUGAUAAAGCUAUGGCAGAUGAGGCAUUUCGCGUGUUCACGGACAAGAUUUUAUCAACUAUCAACCCCUAAGUGCGGAAUGAAGAGUUUGUGGACAAAAGUCAGAUAUGAAAGUAAUGGAAGAUAAGCCUCAAAAUUUUCUGGUUUUGGUUAAUCAGUAUAUCUUUUUCUUCUUCAUUUGUACAACUCUACCUUGUUAUUCAGCGUUUGUAACUUCAUUGAGCUCAUGUAUUGGCAUCAAAUUGAUUUU